AUGUCCAAGCCGGGGUCUUUCGUGCUGGAGCGGGCCCGGCAGCUCACUGCGCGCCUGAAAGAUGGCGAGUUUGAGCUGCACGAGUGGCGCGCUUUCCUGGACGACCUGCGCGGCUGCCCGCGGUCGGACGACUGCCGCGCUGCCUGGGAGCUUGCGGUGGCGGCCUUCCCUUCGUCGGUAAACCUGGCCGCCUCGCUUGAUUGGGACGCAUGA